CAUAUCAUGCAGCAAACAUUCAAGUUUUAGUUUACUAAUAUAUUCCCUUAAAAAAACAUCAGAAUGUCUGCCAAUGACGCCGUCGUAUUGGCCAUGCCGGUAUCCGAUUUGAAUGCAGAAAUGCAGAACAAGGCUAUUGUUGAUGCACUAUACAAGGGAUUAUCAAAUGGUGGGAUCGAGACGGUGGCCAGAUUCAUUGCAAGUGACCUAGAGUGGUGGUUCCAUGGACCUCCAAAAUGCCAACACAUGAUGAGAAUGCUAACAGGGGAGUCGAGCCAGACCAAGUUCAGGUUCGAGCCGAGAAGCAUAGAGGCCAUUGGUGAUUGUGUGAUCAUAGAGGGCUGGGAGGGUGCACAAGUGUACUGGGUCCAUGUAUGGACCUUGAAAGAUGGUGUGAUCACACAUUUUAGAGAGUACUUCAAUACAUGGCUCACAGUGACAGAUACUAGCCCACAUGGUUGGAAAAUUAGGCAUGAGAACCACACCUUGUGGCAGAGCCACCCUAGAGACCUUUUUAACCGCUCAUUGCCUGGCCUUGUCCUGGGCAUUUAGGGGCUUGUGUACUUCUGUAUCAUAUGGGACAUUGCCUUGAAAGAGAAAUGGACCUUGUUAAGAAUCUAAGUAAAAAAUGUAAAUCCUGUAGUGUAUCAACUAGUUUAAGUCAUGCUAUUGUGUUUUUCUGCUGCGUAACUUUUGAAGAAAUUACAUGAUGUUGAACUCUUAA